AUUAAUCUAAAGUGCAAUAUCAUAAUGCACUUAAAGUUAUGUUAUGUUUACUUAGGUUUAUGUGCUGCUAAACUACUAGUAGACAAUGGGAUUGAUGUUCUUGUACUGGAGGCACGUGACCGAGUGGGUGGACGUACACACACAAUACAGGAUGCUUCAGUCGGUGGGUACGUUGAUGCUGGUGGCUCGUAUGUUGGACGUACUCAAGAUCGUCUGCUCCGCGUUGCUGAGGAACUGGGUGUGGAGAGUUAUCCAGUUGACGAAAAUGCCCGGAUGGCUUUUCUACAAAAUGGUAAGGUGUAUCCAUUCGAAGGCUCAUUUCCGUCAUUCUAUAACCCAAUCACCUGGAUGGAUGUCAAUCACGUGAUGCGAGAAAUUGACUCAAUUGGGAAAAAGAUACCAGCUGCUACUCCCUGGGAUUGUCCCAACGCAGAGAAGUUGGAUAACACAACGCUACAGAAAUGGAUUGACGAUACUACAUGGACAAAGACAGGCAGGAACCUUGCCAAGACUUUAUGUCAGCUGAUCGUAACGUCUGAGCCAACAGAAGUAUCGUUGUUAUUCUUUGCAUGGUACAUCAAGCAAUGUGGUGGCUUCCUGCGAACCAUAUCAACCAAAUAUGGCGGACAAGAAAAGAAGUUCAUUGGUGGCUCGCAGCGGAUUUCUCUCGGACUAAUGGACAAAAUCGGAAAAGACCGCAUAAUUUUUGACAAUCCGGUGUAUUCUAUCGACCAAUCAGGAGAUGUCGCCAUCAUCAAGACGUUAGGAGAAAAGACGUAUAAGGCCAAGCAUGUGAUUUUGGCGAUGUCACCAGCGUUGAUCCAGAAGGUUCACUUCAAUCCACCACUACCACCGCUUAAAAAUCAACUUGCUGCUCGGUGUCCCAUAGGUUCUGUUAUCAAAUGUAUGAUUUACUACAAAACCCAGUUUUGGAGAAACAGAGGUUUCUGUGGUUCAUCGUGGAGCAUCGAUCCAGAUCUUCCGGUCGAGUGGUCUUUGGAUGACACUAAACCCGAUGGCACCGCUCCAGCUUUGGUCACGUUUAUAACAGCAAACAAGGCGAGAAAGUUCUGUCAGCUGACUGAAAACGAAAGACGUGAUAAACUGUGUCGGUAUUACGCUAAGGUGUUCGGGACAGACGAAGCAAUGCAUCCAAUCAACUACUUGGAGAAAAAUUGGAUGGCAGAGACAUAUUCCGCAGGCUGCUAUACUACGGUCUUCCAGCCGGGCACUAUUUGCCAAUACGGAAGGUAG